CUCUCCUCUUUUGCAGUCCCUUUCACCUUCCCUAGCUUGCUAACAACAACACUGCUUCCAAUAAUUAAUCCCCUAGCUCGAUACCAAAAUCGAUCCCUCUUUGAGCUCUAGCUGGCACACAACACAAGCAUUAAGUAGCAAAUUAGUUGCAGGUUCUAGCUAUAGUAAGUACAGUACAGUACCUGAGAUCCAUAAAAUCUAGCUAGCUUGGACUUGGAGAUGUCAGGGCGGCGAGCAUCAGGCAGGAUCACCGACGACGAGAUCACCGAGCUCAUCUCCAAGCUGCAGUCCCUCCUCCCGGACUCCUCCCGCCGCCGCGGCGCCACCGGCCGGCCGUCGCCGGCGGCGAAGCUGCUGAAGGAGACGUGCAGCUACAUCCAGAGCCUGCACCGGGAAGUGGACGACCUCAGCGAGCGGCUGUCGGAGCUCAUGGCGACCAUGGACAGCAACAGCCCCCAGGCUGACAUCAUCCGCACCCUCCUCCGAUAGCUACCAUGAUCCAUAUAUGCAUCCAUCCAGAUGCAUUAUUAGCUGGUCUGGUAAUAAAAAUGCAGUAGCUAGC